AUGUCCUCCACCACCAAGUCCACCCAAUCCAGCCCCGUCGACAUCGAGCAGCAGUGCGCAGUCACUCUGCCGGAUGGUGCUCGGUGUGCUCGGUCGUUGACCUGCUUAUCAGAAGAAGAUCCAGGCCCGUCAGAAGCACAAGGCUCCUCCGCAGAGGAAGUAUCGUCCACCGAGCAUCCCCAACUCGUCUCGAAAAUCUUCCAAUGGCUCGCACAUUCCACCCGAACCCUCUACAUCGAAGAAGUCGCCGAACUAGCCGUCAUCUCAGAAACCGGCACCGACGUUGACAAACGCCUUCCUGACCCACGCGCCAUCCUCGCCAUAUGCCCGGACACCCUCAUAGCAACCACGCCACCAAUUCCCAGUAAUCCGAUCCCCCAGGACGAAUUCAAACCCAACCAACACCAAGUCCACUUCGCCGACCCCUCGAUAAAACAAUACCUCCAAUCCCCCGAGAUCCAAACCACCCCAGAAAGACACCUCGCAAUAACAGAAUCCACAUCCCACACCACCAUCGCGAAAGACAGUCUAACCUACCUGCUCCAAUUCACAGAGUCCUACACCACAACCCCAAGCAAAAUCAAAACCUCGUAUCUACUCAGCUACGCGGCAAACUACUGGGCUGUGCAUGCCCGCCUAGCCCACCCUGAAACAGACCCCGAACUAACGGCGCUAAUCCUCCGAUUUCUCAACUCAGGCACAGCAUACCUGAACUGGACAGCCUUCCUGGAUGGGUACACACCCUUCUCGGGAACCGAUGGUUCCAGUCUUAUCCGCCACCCACAUCAAAUCUACUACGCUGCAUCAUUUGGCCUAACUAACAUUGUUGCAAUGCUCCUUGACACCGGUGCUCCGCUGGAUAGUAGAGGACCUAGCGGGAGCGCGCUGGCUGCUGCUUCACUGGCGGGACAUCUGGAUACCGUCAAGGUGCUUGUUGAUUCCGGGGCGGAUGUGAAUCUGGCGGGGCCUUUCGGGACGCCGCUUGUUUUGGCUUCGGGGAGGGGAUUUGUGGGCGUUGUGCGGUUUUUGAUGGAGAGGGGGGCGGAUGUUGAGGCCAGGGGCGAGUGGAGUGACACGGCUGUUGUGGAAGCGAGGAAGAAUGGGUUUGAGGAUGUUGUGGCGGCGAUUAUGGGCAGGUAG